UUCUUUAUCCUCCACGUCUCUUCCUUUUUCCUGUCCUUGGUAGAAGCGUCGGGGUCUUCGUUGUCGGAGCAAAAACAUGGCUAAACUGAGCAAGGAGACCAAACAGCGGCUGCAGCAGCUGUUCCAGUGCAGCCAGUUCGUCAUCCGAUGGGGCUUCAUUCCCACCGUGCUUUACCUCGGUUUCAAACGUGGAGCAGAUCCAGGCAUGCCUGAACCUACGCUGUUGAGUUUGCUCUGGGGUUGAGGAACACCUUCACUCGGCCAGACCCCGCCUCUCAUCGAGACCCUGUGACGCGUUUUUAGAAGACCAAGAAACGGACUUCCAUCACUCUCCCUGCUCUCUGUAAACCCUAAUGUCUGACAGCUGUGGGGCAAAAUGUUCAAAGCGCAGAAAUAUAUUGUACAGAGUCGUAUGUCUCUGGACUCCCAUGUCUCUAAAUUAGAUUGUCUCAGUGUAUUCCAAAUGUUUUAUGUUUUGAUUUGGGUGUACAGAAGGAACCCGGUUUACUUUUUUUUUAUUAGUAAUUUAAAAGACAGUAAAAUGUGAAAGAAAUCCGAUUCUCGUGGCGUUUAAAUCGAGAAAUUAAUUAUCUAAUUGCCACAUGCUUAAUAAGACAAGUACUCUGUUUAAGCAACGAUUUUAAUUUCUUCAGUCUGAAUGCGACUCGAGUUUUAAAAUAAUCAGUUUCUCCGACUCGCACGAGACCAACGUGCGGCACACAAUCUCAAAACACACUGCGCUAAUAUUUUUGACUAAAUGUCUCAAAUUUAAAAAGCUGCACGAACUCCAGAGUCGCCAUCCGAAGCAAGGCGAGUUUAACGUCGGCUUGAACUGAGAGGCUGCGGACCAAAAACCCAAAAUCAACACUUUUGACGUUCGACUGAACGUGGCAGUCAGUGAGGAAGCAGAAUGCGUUUCAGAAGGAAGUUUAAUAAUUAGAUGAGGUCAAGAUCAGCUGUUGUGACGUACAUGUUUGAAGUAGUUAAAAUAAGAUUUUUACACCUCAAAACACUCAGCUUGCAGUUCUUAUAGAUCGUCACGAUGGUGGCAGUGUUAUGCUGAGGGGCCGGUGUACGGCCAGUAGCACUGAUGUAUUAUUCAUAAUGAACUACAUCCAUUUUUUUCGGCUCAAAUCAACAGACUAGAAAGUCUUGAUAAAAUAUCAACCCAGAAUAAUCCAGAAAGCUUGUUAAAAAGUUUGUGAUUUAUCUGCAACCUCAUCCAAAUGUGACUGUGGGUGUAUUUAUAUAUUUGCCUGUAUGUUUAAUUUUCUCCUUUUUCAUAUUGCUCUGCUUCUGCUGAGUAAGCAUGACUGCCACAUUUUGGACAGUCUCAUAUAAUAUGUGACAUAAACAAAAUAUUCUGGGGGGUUAACAUGAAGAAACAUGAUUCUUAUGUAUUAUUAAUAACUUUUUUAUUUAUGAAUGUAAAAAAUAAAAAU